AUGCUCAAGGCCCUGGCUCCCAUCACGACCCUCAUCCUUCUCUCGGCGGCAGGCCUCACGGAACUCAGCACGUAUAAAAUCAUCAACAUUGCCGUUAUCGUUUUGGCUGUGGUUAUGUCCUCAAUAGGUGAAUUCCAGUUCGCAUUGAUGGGUUUCAUCUCUCAGACUCUUGGAACAGUCGCGGAAAGCGCUCAUCUGGUCCUGAUGCAGCGGUUCUUGGCAGCUUGUCCCCACAGCCCUGAACGUUCACAGCAGCCCAACGCCGGGGAUGAUGAGAUGGCUCUUACCAGCAGCCGCAGCAGUAGCGAUCAUGAGUCAGAUAACGAAAAUUCAGGUGCGCCAUCUAGUUAUCACUCCGAGGAUGAUGACUGGAAUGGUCGGCCGAUCGAUCGCCAUGGCGCCUCGGAGACAUCACAGGACGAGCUUGGAAAUCGAGACUGCGGUGAGGCAAAACAAACAAGCUCAUUGAGUUGCCUGUAUUAUUAUGCCCCGGUAUGGGCAUUUUUGAAUCUGCUGAUGGCGCUCGUGUUUGAGCGGCCCGAGUUCGAUUGGAAGGACUUGGAACGCGUGGGAGUGGGAAUGUUGGCUCUCAGCGGAGCAUUAGCAUCUCUAGCAAGCGUUAUGAGCUUUCUCCUGAUCGGCAGAACCUCAGCCCUGACAUUGAGCUUUGCCGACAUCCUCAAGUCAAUCCUGCUCGUGGGUGCGUCCGUAACCAUUUGGGCCACGCCAAUUACAGGUCUCCAAGCAUUUGGAUACUUUGUUUCCCUGGCGGGCAUGUCCUACCUCGCGCUUUCCGCGAAUUCCGACUCGCCCCGUGUUGUCUUGAUGGAAGGCUUGCGCCGAUAUGCUGGUCGGUCGAAGGGGUGA